CUUACAUUGUGUUGUUUGAGGCUCAGAUGCUCAAAAUGUCUCAGUUUGCCAUUUUUAUGUUUAUGCUUGUGACGUCUGCUGUUUCAGCAAAACACUUUUUCAGUGAGAGGCCGAGUUGUUACAAGCCAAUGCCGAGGAAACCUGACUUUGGGGUGAAAACCGCAGCUCGCGCUCAUGAACUUCUGAACCUCGUCCAGUUGCCAAAGUCCUGGGACUGGAGGAACGUAGUCGGCAUGAACUACGCCACCACGACUCGUAACCAGCACAUCCCUCAGUACUGCGGCUCCUGCUGGGCUCAUGGCAGCACCAGUUCGAUGGCAGAUCGUAUCAACAUAAAGCGGAAGGGAGCUUGGCCGUCUGCUUAUCUGUCCGUCCAACAUGUGGUAAACUGUGCUGAGUGCGGAACCUGUCACGGAGGAGACCACGGAGGGGUGUGGGAGUACGCACACAAAAAUGGCAUCCCUGAUGAGACCUGCAACAACUACCAGGCCAUUGACCAGAAAUGCAAACCAUUCAAUGCAUGUGGGACUUGCACAACUUUUGGAAAGUGCAACAUCGUGCAGAACUAUACUUUAUGGAAAGUAGGCGACUAUGGCGCCAUCAGUGGACGGGACAACAUGAUGGCAGAAAUCUACACUGGAGGACCAAUAAGCUGUGGCAUCAUGGCCACAGACACGCUCGACGCAUACACCGGCGGUCUGUACUCGGAGUACGAUGCGUCACCUAGCAUCAACCACAUUGUGUCAGUAGCAGGCUGGGGGAUUGACAACGGCACUGAAUACUGGAUUGUGCGUAACUCCUGGGGAGAGCCAUGGGGUGAGAAAGGCUGGCUCAAGAUUGUGACAAGUGCCUACAAAGGAGGAACUGGAAAGAAGUACAAUCUGGCACUGGAGGAAGAUUGCAUGUUUGGAGAUAUGAUUGUACCUUUAACCUACCUGUAGAUGUCAACAACCACAUGUGUAAUUCCUCUGAACAUUAAUCUGGAUAACCUGUUGUAAUUCUUAUUGCAUGUAAUCUUGUAUUUAAAGUAACUGGAGUUGUCAUGAUCUGA